AACGCGGAGUAUUUAGUGUGUAGCACAACAACAACAACAACAACAACCUCCACUGCAGGCUGACAGAAUGCCCAGAGGUGAUCACGAGCUAGUUGAGCACUACUACGAAAGACUAGAGAAAAACAACACAUUUCAUUGUAAAGAGCGAAAUGACGCAGAAGCUUGCCACAAACUUGCAGAUUUCUUUGAAACAAAGAAGAGGAGAUUAGUUGAAGCGUAUGAUCAGUACAUGGAAAAUUGUUUUAAAAGAGACUAUGGAGACAGCUGCUUUAAAGCCGGCCAAAUGGCAUUCCAUGGAACGGGAAGGGAAAAGAAUGUUGAGGAAGCAACAAAAGCCCAUAAAAAAGGCUGUGAAGUGAACAAUUUUAAUGGUGGCUGCUGCGAUACUAUUGGAAUGCAGUAUUUAAAAGAUACCCUUGAACCUGAGAUCAAAAACGUUCUCAGUAAGCCAAACCCAAAGAAGGCAGUUGAACUAUUUAAGAAAGGUUGUGAAAAGGAUGGGUUUGCUUGCUUACAUGCAGCACAGAUAUACAGGGAUGGUCUAGAUAUAGCUCGUGUGAAACAUGAUCCAGAAUUAAUGUUUAAGUAUGCAUUUAGAGCAUGUGAAUUUAGAUAUAAAAGUGGCUGUAAAAUGGUUGCAGACGCUUAUAAAACAGGCACAGGAACGCAACAAGAUGAUAAACUUUAUGCACAGUACCAAAAUAUGUAUGAACUUAUGUCGGGGCAAAGUAAUAUUAAGAUGACCAAGAAGAACAAAAAAAGAUAACAUACAUAUUUGCUAAUCUUAGAAACAUAGUUAUGUGAUGUUGAUGAAUUAUUUCAGAAAAAAUGUUAAAUAAAUUUUCAGCUAGA